AUGCCACCCACACGUUCGAAUUUGCUUAAGCCACGAAGCCUAGCCUUUUUCUACAGAUUCAUUGGUGAGUGUAGUUCUUUUUUUCCCUUAUGCUUCUCUUUUUCUUGCUCCUCUUCUGUUGCUGUUAUUCUUCCUCAGGACGCCUACGGUGCAAGAACAGCAACCGGGCCGAUAAUAUGGGUAUUCCCCAUUGAAGACGAUGAGGAAGAGGCGGCGAGUAGUGGUGGGGGUUCUGCUGGGCGCCGUGAGGCUGGAGAUCACGGCGAGCUUCAGGAGGAGAUCAUGCGUGGCGCCCCACUCCUCGUUGAGUUCCGACGCCUCAUUCUCCAGGAUGUGAUGGACCGCCUUGGGGAGGCAAAAGGCGAGCGGUCAAUAGCAAUUGGCGAAAUCAUUGCCUCACUGAAAGAAGAAAUGCGGAGGGAGAUGUGCCAAAACCGUAAUGGCGCGGCUGGUGAGCGGGUGGGACCUGACAGCUGCUGCAGCGGCGAGGCGGUACGCCGAAUGAAGGGACUUCACCGAAAUGACGUGCAGCGUGGCGUGGUGGUCGCGACGCCGCAGGAAAGAGCGGAUCGUCCCACGGUGGCGCAGAAGGCCGAGGUGGUGCAUGUGCAAGAGCUGGAGAAGCUAAUUUUGGAACGCGCAGCCGGUUUGUAG